AUGGGAAUAGACAUUGCAGAAGAGAGGGUUUUACAAAAGAAUGAACCUGGCUGGGCAGCGCAGAGCUCAGAUGAUCAAUUUCAACGUCAAGCCGAGGAAGCUAUAUCGGAGUCUUCGGCAUCUCCCGACUCCAGUCACGAACAAACCUCCCUUUUGAGAUCUUUAUACUUGGAUACAGAAGCCCGGAAUACCAGCGUGGAAGGAAAGACAACUGUUUUCAAGCUUCUAUUCUCCAAGGAGCUAUUUCUUCCGAUGAUGUCAACUACUGUGCUUUCGAUUAUUCUAUCAUCCCUACAAACAACGUUGCCUGUAUUCGUGAUGCAAAACUUUGGCUGGAGCUCGACUGCGGUUGGAUUCAUGCUUAUUGCUCUACAUAUAUCCGGAUUUGCAGGAGGAUAUAUGAGCAAUAUCAUUUCUCAAGCCGGAAUUCGAGUCCCCGGGGCUACUGCCUUUAUUCUUGCAGCUAAUGCCUGGAUUCUCAUGCGUCUAGUCACACAGAAUAGUACGGGGGAUAUAGUUCUUUUAGUCGGGCUUUUGACUAUGUUGGGUAUGGCGAUCUUCGCAAUGGAGAUUGUUACCAUGGCAGAAAUAUCUCGUGCUAUCGAAGACCACGAGAAGCAUGAUCCCGAUGCUUUGAGCAGCCUUGUCCCGCGAGCCUACGCGCUUUUCCAUAUCGCGUUCGCAGGUGGCCAGCUCCUGGGUCCUAUUCUGGCUGGUUUGUUGGAGGUGUAUGUUGGAUGGCCGACGAUGACCACAACUUUAGGUUUUAUCAGUGGCUUGAUGGUGGCUGUUGUUUUACGAUUCGACAAAAGGCGAUUAGAUACAGCAGAGAAUGAAGGGGGCAUACUGAUUUAA